CAGACACCAAAAAAUUCGAGCGAGAACUCCUGCACGCUAAUCUUACCUCCGUAGUUCCAUUUCAUUGGUUUGAGGUUUGAAAGUUGAAACUCAAUAUUAUGUGAAAGUUGUAACAGAAAAGCCCAUCAUCAUUAGGCCUUGAUAUGGAUCCUAAUGAGCUACCAUCUGCUAGUUCUCAUCUCUCACCAGAGCUCUCCCAGCAUCCAUGGCUCACAUUUGAUGAACAGUUCAACUCUCACAUCCCUACUGUGAUUCUACAUGAUGAUAUGGAUGAAAGUAGCAGAGCCACUAUUCAUCAGAUGAUCAAAGAAGAGAACUCUUAUUUACAGACAAAAAAAAUUAUGAGGUGCAAAAAUAAAGGAUUAAAGACACUCUUCAUACCAAAGAAACCAAAGAAGUUAUCUUCCUUUAAUACGAGAUGGACAGAAGAGGAGAAGGAUCUUUUCAAGGAGGGUAUUGAUGAGCAUGGUCAUCGCUGGAAGAAAAUUGCAGAUGUGAUAAAAACAAGGAAUCAUGUUCAAGUCAAGAACUAUGCUCGAAAUUAUCUUCAAAACCAGACUGCUUCCAAAGAUGGGCAGGAUUUCUCCAAUAAAUGUUCUGUGAAGGUUCUUGAGAGUCAAACCUCACAGAGACUUGAAGCAGACGGAGAGGGACCAAUGGAUGGGAAUGAGGAGCAUGGAGGAGAUUCCAAGGAAGACCAACAUCUACUAGUAUUGGAUGAUGAGGAAGAGGAAGAUGUUGAUAUCGACGUGGAGGAAACAUCUGACAUUGAGCAAAAAGGACCAGGUCUCCAAUCCACUCUGCUAUUCGGUGACAUCCUGAGGCAUUCUGUUCCCAUAGAUAAUACAGACUUAGACAGCCAGCAAGAUAAAACAUCUGACUUUGCAGGAAACACUGAACAAGGAAAUGAAAAUCUUGAUCAAAAGCAAAGAGCUACCAUUAACCAGAAGACGAUCACUAAGUUAAAAGACUCCAAAUCACCUUCUCCUGAGAUGCAAACAGAUAUUGGAGCUGAUGAUGUGGAUGUGAACAUUGCAGUCAAUGUAGCAGCUAUAAUGAAUGACAAUGGUCUAUUGAACAUAAAGACUGAAAAUCAAUCUUCUGAGGAAGAUGCCGAACUUACCAUUUGUCUCUCGGGACAGACGACAAACCCUAGGAAAGAUAGGCGUCUGAAGAAGAACAGGAGAGGUUGGAAGGGGUCUAGGAAGAGAAUGAAAGAAAGCUCAGAGGAAGAAUGCUCAGAAGAUGAAUGUGAAGCAUUGGUUGUAGUACCAGUCAUUGAUAGUGUAACUACAACUCAAGAAUCAAGUCUUCCAGGGAACAUGAGGCCAGGAAGAGGGCUUAAAACAAGAAAGAAGGAGGGAAUGAAACAAAACAAAAGGAAAGCAAGGAGAAAACAGAUCCUUGUGAAGGAAGAGAUGGAGUUUGAGGUAAAAUCUGAGGAACAUGAUUAUUAUUCUGAAGGAUACAUGGAAAUAGAGUCUGAGAUGGAGAAAGGUGGGUGUGAUCGCAAGGAACAUGAGAUAACCUCCGGUAUAAAGACUGUGUUUGUAAGAAAUAAAGAUUAUACACAAUUAUGCAAAAGUAGUCUUGAUGAGAAGUCGGUCAUUGCAAGAAUAGUUCAAUCUGAACCAGAUGCCACUUCCAGUGCUGACACCCAGCAUUCAUCGAGUGAGGGAAGUGGGCAGCAAAAUACAAGUGGCUGCUCGUCUAUGGGCCAGAUUGUGAAGCAUUCAUCGAGUGAGGGAAGUGGGCAGCAAAAUACAAGUGGCUGCUCCUCUAUGGGCCAGAUUGUGAAGGAAUUUGAGGAGAAAAGAACACUGGAAUUAUCUCAUCAACAAGUGAGCAGAGAUCCACCGAGUUUUGAAGCAUUGCAAACUCCUACAACUGAAGAUUCAGAGGCAAGCAAUGAAAGGAAUGUAGGUCCAGAAUGCUCCAAGGAGCACCAAGACAAAGAUGAUGAUAGAGACAAGACUGGUAGUGGAGAUGGUGAGGAUGAAGGGUCAAAUAAUGCUGGUCAAACUACAGGAGGAGAAGAGAGUGAUGAUGAGGAUGAAGGGUCAAAUAAUGCUGGUCAAACUACAGGAGGAGAAGAGAGUAAUGAUGACACCAACAGCUUUGAGCAAAUCAAGGAUCAGAGCUGUGAAGAGUCUGAUGAAGAGAUUAUAGAACCUCCAAAGGAAGAAGUGACCCUUGACCCUAGCCAUGUGACUGAAGGAGAGAAAGAAGCUCAUCCAAACUUCUUUGAUUUCAGCAGCAGUGCUAAAACACCAGAGAGAUAUCUAGCUAUAAGAAAUCAUAUCAUUAAAUUUUGGCUUAAGAUCAAGCCAACAUAUCUGAAUAAAACAGCAGCGAGGAAUGGUUUAAAGAGCGGUGGUGAUGUCAACUUGAUUGGACUGAUUCAUGAGUACCUGGAGUCUAUAGGAGCCAUCAACUUUGGGGCAUACAAUCCUAAUCAACAGAAGGUCAAGAAGAGAAGGAGCACCGUUGAACGUUGGGCUAACAUGUAUGAUCCAGAAGCUAAGACUAGCAGGCUAGAGUCAAUGAGACCAAGAAGAAAGAUAUUCAGCAAGUUUCCUGGAGAUAUUGAUGACAAAACAAGCUCAGUCAUUGAGAAACAGAAAAAGCCAAAGUCUAAACCACCCAAACCACCUGCCUAUGAUCCCUUCAAACUGAUAGAUUGCCAUAAGUUUUCCAGUACUUUACCGGCCCCGUUUAGUGUUAAAGUGAAGGGAGAUGCAAUGGUGACUAUGGACGUGCAUUCUCAUCUAUCCACCACGGAAGUGAUCGGGCUGUUAGGAGGUGACUUUGAUCCUGUACGCGCUAUCCUUGAAGUCAGGAUAGCUAGACCAUGUAGAAGUCUUAGUACAGGCAUGCAGUGUGAAAUGGAUCCAGUAUCCCAGACAGAAGCAUGUGAAGAUAUCCAGUCUGCAGGAUGUAGGGUAGUAGGAUGGUAUCACAGUCAUCCAACAUUCAGCCCGAAUCCAUCGAUCAGAGACAUUGAGACACAAGGACACUUUCAGGAUUGGUUCAGUCAAGAUACAAAGACUCCAUUUAUCGGUGUUAUAGUGAGUCCAUAUCAUAGUAGACAGCUUGUUACAUCUAAGAUCAACUGCCUCACAGUCAGCCAACAAUGGUCACCUGAUCAUCAAUGCUGGAGACCAUACAAGUUUGAUUUCUCAGUUUACCAAGACAAGGAUGUAGUUGCAUCUCACCAGCAGUUGCUUUCUAUAGCUUCACAUCUUAUAGCAGAGUUUGCUCAGUAUAAAUAUCGAGUUGAGAUGCUCUGGGUUUGUCCUGGUCAAUCUGGAAUCACUUAUCUUGAAAAGAUGCUUGAGUCUAUCAGUACCAGUCUGUGUGGGUGUGAGGAGACCAAAGCAGAGACUGUAUCCAAGCUGAAAUACAUGGUUUAUGCACACUUUGAUAACCCUACCAUCAUCAAAGAUUCUACCUUAGACGUAACUCUCUCUUUUGACUCCUCCCCUUGACCCCAUUCUACUCACAUAACUUAUUUGAUUUUCUCUGGGUGUUACUCUACCUCUGCUGUGGGUUUGUUGAAUUUUGUAAAAUCCACACAAUGCUUUUCUUUUAAAUAUUUCUAUAAACUGAAAUAGCAAUGGAAAUGAACAUCAGACUGGUUGAUAUGACUAUUCAGUAAAGUCUUCCGUAUAUGUAGAUUUGUAACCUGUAUCAUACACAGGUAGAGUAACUAAAUGAGUUCCACAUACAUUUAUAUUCUUUGUUUGUAUUUAAGUUUUGUUGGCAUCGCAGUCAGAAAUGACUAUUCAUGCCAGCUUAAUAUAAAUGCGUUUUAUUUUUGGAAUUCGAAAUUCUGUGGUAUGGCAUACACUUGAAUAUUAGCCUUGUAUUAAGGGUAAUAUUUAGUUAUUUUGAGGAAACAAUACUUGUAAUGGUAUAUGAGUUACACAAAUACAUCAACAUAAAAAUAGUAGAGAGGUGCAUUUGUGACAUCAUUAUACAGUUAAUAAUUAUAGUUGUUAGUAACGAGUUGGCGAAGGUUCAGAGAAUAAUGUGGGAGGAAUGCUUAUGUCAGACUAUUUAAAUAAUUUAACUGUAUUGAAUAUCUGAUAUAACUACCUUAUAAUCAAGGUACCUUCCGAUGUAAGGCGUAUAAUAGCACAUUUGUUAUAUAGCUCUUGAAGAAACUUUGUGUAUAAAUGGACUAAUUUACAAACUGAGUCAGUAAUGAUGAUAGAACAGGUAUUUCCCACCUAAAUGUGUUUUAAAACUAAUACUAUUCAGGGAAUUUUAAUUUGAUGGUUUGAUAUAGCGCAACAUGUGCCCUAUGUUGUCAUUUUUUAAAAAUUAAUCUCAAGACAGAGAUACAUAUGAAUAUGUAAUCUGUAUUGAUGUCAUUGAUAUUGCACAAGUUAGAUAUUUUCAUGAAGAGUGCUGAAUUACAUGCAGUAUAUAGGUUUGUGGGAUAGGUAAUUCCUUGAUAAUGUCAAUCAAUUAUUUAGUAAAUAUUUGAAUAAUUUAAAGGAGCCAUGUUUCAGUGAUCGAUAUGAAUUAAUUUUAUAUAAUAGGAUUUUAUUGAAAUCAAAACAUCAAAAACCAAGAGCAAACAGUCCAAAGACUGACAACUGUCUUGGGUACAAAAAUACAAUUUAAAUCAAA